UGUAGAACCGUUGAAAUGAGCUGUACUGUCUAAAUUAGUUUUUACAUCUCAUUUCAGUAUUUUUGACAGUAAAUCGUUUUAAAGAAUUGACAGAUUUUUCUUUCUUACAGGCAAUUUAGUCCUUAGUUGUUGUUUUAAUUUUUCAACCCCGUUUGCAGUGUAGUCUAAGAGCACAGUGGUGUAAUUCAGCCAGGCCUCAGAUUUUGGAUGUUGCUUUACUGGUCUCUAGAGGAGCAGCAGUGCCCAUGAUAUAUUUGUGGGUGGAGGUAAAUGAUGACACCAUUUCUUUAGAGCUCAGAUGGGCAGGAUGAAGUUCCAGGGAGUGGACACAAGGGGUUGCUGCAACUUUUGAUAAUGCUGGGACUGAUAGGGUGAGAAGAGUGCCUGAGACUAGAGACACAAAUAAUGAUGUGCUAGCAGGGUAUCAAAUAAUAAUAUUAUUCACAUUAAAUAUAAUAUGUAUACAUAAAUAUCUUCAUUUAAAGACCUGUACAGUGUGUCUUUCACCUGCUGCUUAAAGGAUUAGUGUGAUACAUGUUGAAUAUGUGAAACCUAUAGAUAUACAAUGAUAAUGAUAAUAAUAAUAAUAAUAAUGUUAUGUGUGCACAGACGUCAUGUGUCUCGUUGUUGCUAACAGGAUCAGUGUGAGUGAUUGUCUGUCUGAGGUCACUGUCAGUUAGUAGAUUAGUGGUCCAGGUGGUUCUUCUGAUUUAACCAGCAGCCUGUGUCUGAUCUCAUACACACACACACACACACACACACACACACACACACACACCUUCCUGACAGUCAGAAAGCAGCUCGACACAGCACAGUGAAAUGAACGGUAUGGACGGAGUUCCACUGAGGAUGCCACAGAAUGUCUCACAAGAAGUCAAAGACGACGUGAAAGUGAUGGUUCCUGAUUAUCUGGCCAUCCUGCAGGACACAGAGUAUGAGUUCAGUCUGGAGAACUGGGUGCUAGCUGGUCUGCAGAGCGGCUUCUCCAGCCAGCCUUGCCCUAAGCCCCCCUUCUCCUCAUCGGGCAAGCAGCCAUCUUGUCCGCCAUACUGGAUGAUGUUCAGCAGCCCCCAGCAGAGCCGACUGGCCAGUCGUCACUGCUCUGACUUCUGGGAGCCCAACCCUCGCCAGCGCUCCCAUAGCCUCAACCUCAUUGUGCUGCGCUCUAAGACCGCCGUCUCCGACUCUGAGGAAGAGGCAGAGAGAGCCAAGAAGGCCAAGGCCCGUCUGUCAGUGAAAACCGGCUCAGUUGGAAAGAGUCCUGCUAAUCCAGGUCCAAAGAAAGCACAGAAAGCUUUUGUCCCAGACCUCCUACACCCCCCAGCAUGCCUUAGCAGUCUCCCACACCAGCGGAGGAAGAAUCUCCGACAGUGCUCCUUGUCCGGGAUUGACCUGUCCAAACCUACACACAAAACAGACAGCCAGUCCGAGAAGACCCCAGACACCAGGGCCCCCAACACCAGGGCCCCCAACACCAGGGCCCCCAACAUCAGAGCCAAUACAUUGGACAGACCCCCCAGCAUCAACCAGCCCAACACAACACGGACGUCUUUGAGCCCAGACUCCUGCAUACAGCCCCCUGCAGCCCCCCUGCGCUGUGCUCUCACCUCGUCCCUAGACUCUACAGCAGAGCUUCUGUCUGCUCUGAGCUCAGAGGAGAGAGAGCUGCUGGGAGCUAUCACCGCCCGGGGAUACCCUCUCCGUACCGCCAUCAUCGCCCUGCAGAAAACAGGCCGGCAGACUCCAGACCAGAUCCUGAGUUACCUGGUGGCCUGUGACCACCUGUGUCAGCUGGGUUAUGACAUGGCUCAGGUAGAAGAGGCUCUGGAGAUGUUCCAGAACUGUGAGACAAAGGCUGAGGAGUUCCUGCAUCUGCUCAGUCAGUUCAACGAGAUGGGCUUCCAGCAGAACGCCAUCAAAGAGGUGCUGCUGGUCCAUGAAAACCACAGAGAGCGAGCACUGGAGGAGCUGAUGAUGCGAGUGGCAUGACGUUUACAUUAAUAUAGUCAUUUACCGCAGGAGAAUGUGAAAAUAAUAUUACAGCUGAAUAUAGACGGUGGCCUUCUAGCUGAACAGUGGUGGACAAAGUACACAACUUCAUUACCUGAGUCCUGAAAGUAGAGAUACUCCUGGUCAUAUGUUACUAUAAUACAAGUGAAAGUUGCUCAUUCACAUGAUUCAUUCAGUUAAAGAACUGGAGUACUUGCUUUGAAAUAUAUUUAAAUAUUUAAACUUCCUUUUAAAAAAUGAAAAAUAUUGCUGCAUUUUCAGAAUGUAUGAUUGCCAGCAAGAAUACAUGUAGGUUUACGUUCUGCUGUGUUCGGUUUAUUUAGAAAACAUUAUUUACAUUUUUCAAACACUGAGGGAUACAGAUUUGCAGAUUGGUUGCUCCCAAACAACCAAAAAACAAAACAAUCAAAAAGACAUGGUGAGCAGAGAAAAUGUCAGCCAAGCUAUUGUGAACAUUCACAUUUCAAACAUGGGCUAAAUAUAUAUCGCCAUGGGUGCUCAGGU